AUGCUGAAUUCAAGAUCGGAGGCGCUCCGCAAGGCCAGCGAGCAGAGCAGGGCCUCGCACGAGGAGCGGAUGCAGCGACACGCCACCAGGAUGAGCCACUUGCAGGCUGCGCUGGAGGAGGUGCGGUCCCUGGCGGAGGCGAGGCAACACCGCCUCGACCGCGAGGCGGAGGCGUUCCAGGAGCGCCGCGAGGAGUGCGCCAGGAAGGUGCGGCGCGUGGCGCAGGUCCUCUCGGAGGCCUUCGAGCACGUGGUGGCCAUCGUGCAGGAGAUUGAGCAGGGCGACCAGCAGCUGCGGAAGCUGGCCGAGGAGCGCCGCCAGGCGGAGGAGGCCGCGGCGGCGCUGUCGGAGAGGCACAGCGACAUGAAGCUCCUCCAGGUGGCCCUUGGCGCCGACCUCUGCUACGCGCAGCUCCUGCGCUCGCCCCCCGAGAGUUUCAGCCGCCGCGACGGUCGGUCGACCAUGUGCCUCCUCGCGAGCGUCCGCGGCAUGCCCGCGCGGCGUGGCUGCAGGCAUCGCGGCAGCUCUGGGCACCCCGCCGCGGGGCAGCCCCAAGGCUUCCCCGACUUCGCGCGCCAGCUACCGGCCCCCUCCACGGAUGGAGCCGCCGGUGCAGCCGCGAGCCUUGCGGACGGGCCCGCCGCCGGGGUCGCGCCCGCUGCCGCUGACCUGUCUUGCCUCGCUGGGCCACUGCGCCGGCCCAGCGUGGGCCUCGGGCGCUCCGUGCUCUCUGGUUCCUUCCUCCCGCCACUCACUCCGCUCGCCGGCUCAGGGCUCGGGGCUGUGGGCCCCGUGCGGGGCGUGAUCGGAGGCGCGCCCCACGGGGACCUGCUGCCCUGCCUGCCCCGCGGCCGGCGCCCGAGCGCCGCCGCGGCGCCGGGCGGGGCCGGGGCGCCCCGGGGCGCCGCGCCCCCGGGCGGCGAGGAUCGCCAGGACAGCGACGUGCUCGAGUUGGAGGUACUGCAGGGCGUGUCCGGGGAGCGGCUCUGCACCGUCAGCGCGCAGGGCGGCUGGGGCGUCGGGGACCUGAAGGUCGCGGUAGAGGAAAAGGCCGGCAUCGCGCCCGGGCAGCAGCGCCUUCUGGUGGGCAAUGAGCCGCUGAGCACGAAGAUGCCGGACCUCAGGGCGACCUUGCGUGGCAAGCCCCCCGUGGUCACGCUGCUCGUGGGGCCGGACCCGUGGCCCGCCCUGGAGGGCGCGCUGCACGACACCAUCCGCGGCCGCGUCCAGGAGCUGCCCGAGAGCUUCAGCUUCCCGAGCCUGCGGGAGAUGUCUCUGGGAUCCUGGGUCUGUCGCUGUGCCCGGCAUGUAUGGCGGCUUCAAUGUUGA